AUGGCCUACCUUGCCUCCCUCUACCUGGUGAGCCUUCUCUGGGCCAUGGCAGGGACCAGCACCCACACUGAAAGAAGCCCAUGCUUGGUUCCCUUGGAGCAGCAGUCUGUGGUUAACGGCAUCCAGCUGCUCAUGGAGAGCUCAGUGACCAGCUCGGCCUUCCCAAACCCCAGCAUCCUCAUCGCAAUGAACCUGGCUGGAGCCUACAACACCAAGGCCCAGGAGCUCCUGACUGUCAAACUCAUGGCAAGUGACGCAGCAGACCUGUCCAUUGGCCAGCUUGCCCUCACCAUCAUGGCCCUCACCUCCUCCUGUCGAGACACUGAGAAUCAAGUAUCAAUUCUGCGGAAACAAAUGGAGAACUGGGCACCUUCCAGUCUCAACGGCCCAGCGUCAUCCUUCUACGGGCCCAGUCUGGCCAUCUUGGCACUGUGUCAGAAGAACCCUGAGCCCACCUUACCCAUUGCUGCCCGAUUUGCCAAAGCCCUAUUGGCCAACACCUCCCCCUUCAAUGUGGACACUGGAGCAGUGGCAGCCUUGGCGCUGACCUGCAUGUACAGCAAGAUCCCUGUGGGCUCAGAGGAAGGUUACAGAGGCCUGUUUGGCCAAGUAUUGAAGGAUAUUGUGGAGAAUCUCAGCCUGAGGAUCGCAGACGAUGGCAUCAUCGGAGACGUCUAUAGCACCGGCCUUGCCAUGCAGGCUCUCUCUGUGACACCUGAGCAACCUAGUAAGGAGUGGAACUGCCAGAAGACCCUGGAUGCACUACUCAAGGCGGUUAAGCAAGGGAAAUUUCGCAACCCCAUGUCCAUUGCCCAAGUCCUCCCCUCCCUGAAAGGCAAGACAUACCUAGACGUGCCACUCGUGUCUUGCAUCCCUGAUAACGGGGUGCCAACAACUCUCCCCAGCCAUGCCAGCCCUGUUCCCACCUCGGCAUCCAACAUCACUGUCACUUACACCAUCAACAACCAGCUGAGGGGGGUGGAGCUCCUCUUCAAUGUGACCCUGGAUGUGAGUGUGAAAGGCGGGUCGGUGCUGCUCGUUGUCUUACAGGAAGCACAGCGCAAGAACUCCAUGUUCAGGUUUGAGACCACAAUGACAUCCUGGGGCCUUGUUGUCUCCUCCAUCAACGACAUCGCUGAAAAUGCUAAUCAUAAGACAUACUGGCAAUUUCUUAGUGGCAAGACACCUUUAAGUGAAGGGGUUGCAGACUACGUCCCCUUCAACCAUGAGCACAUCACAGCCAACUUCACACAAUACUAAAACAGAGGCUGUUCCGUUUCCGUCAGACAUCUACUAAGGACAGUUGGAGUUUUUGCUUCGUUUUGUUUUGUUUCCACUUCAUUUCAAAUACACACCAACAACAACAAUUUAAAAAGAAAAAAAAAAUGCGGUAGCUGCAGGUUAAGCGUGCAUGACAGGAAGCCCCCAGCUCCCCACCUGCGGGGGUGGGGGUGGGGUGGGGGUCGCGUCACAGGCAGUGAAGCAGGUCUGCAAGUGUCUUUCUCUCCGCCUCUCUGUCUUCCCCUCCUCUCUCCAUUUCUCUCUGUCCUAACAGCGACAUCUGUAACAACAACAAUAACUACAACAACAAUAAAAAACAAG